AUGUUGCCUUCUUUCGAACCUUCAGGCGUCCUUUAUGAUAAUACUAACGCCCAGCCUUUCUUCUAUGAUCAGAAAAGUCAGGAGCUUCUCACUGGAGUGAUAGAUGAAUCACGCUUCUCAUUUGUCUUCACACCACAUGAAGUACUUCGGAAAUGGUUUGAGCCAGAUAAACUCAAUGUGGAAGACAAGGAUAUACGGUCAUACGAACGCCAACUUAAGCUUGAUCUUUUGCGUCGCCUGAAAGUGGAAGAAGCCAAACGACUGAAUAAAACGGAUACAGACAACGAGGCAUUCUUUCGUAAACCAAAGAUGGACGAUUCAACUAUUGACCCUCAAAAGAUACACAAAAUUCAUUUUUCAAAGGCAAGUUGUGCAAAGAAGGUUUCUUGUCAUGAAGCUGGGAUGGUUCCAAAGAAGGAAACGGCCACAGUUCACAAGACUAAGCGAGUCAAAUUUGAAGAAAGUGUUCCAGUUCUUCCAACUGCACUGAUCAAAAAAGAGCCAGCUGCUCCCACAAAUAAAACUGCAAUCAUAAACCCAGCAAAGAAAAGGGUCCCAGCUAUCGACUACAAUAGGCUCCAGUUCGAGCGGUGUUUCCCGAUCAACAGGCGUGCCCAGUAA